AUGCCAGACCUCCACUCCCUCCCUGCCGGCUCUCGCCCUGAAAACGCCAUCCGCAACAAUGGCCCUCCCAAUUUGGCCCUGGAGCGGUACAUGCUCCGUGAACUUGCCGAAGGAUGGCCGUGUUACCGCGACGCCUGCGAAUGGGACAAUCUGCGUUCCAUCUUCCAUCCAGAAGCGCACAUCUACACCACCUGGACGGGUCUCACGCACCACGAAGCCUUCAUCCAAGCCUCACAAGCAGGCAUGGACAAGGGCGCCUUCAUUAUGCACCGCAUCCACGGCAGCACCACUGACAUCAACGCCCCCGCCACCCGCGCCGUGACCAAGAUGAAAGCAACCAUCACGCAGCGCUUUGCGGAUCUCCCCUGCACGACGGGUGGAACAUGCGCAGCCGACGCAGAAAGCGACUGCCGCUUUAUCUUUUUCUGGGAGAAGAUGGCGAAUCCCAAGUAUCCUCAUCUAGAUGGUGAAUGGAGAGCUUUCUUCGUCAGGCACUGGUAUGAAAAGGAUAAAUUGAUCCCUGUGACUGCCGGAAAAGUGCCUGUGGUUGAUGAGAAGAAGCUGGAACAAUAUCCGUCUGGAUAUCGGCAUCUGGCGUAUUUGCAGGAGGAAACGAUGGGGGUGAAGGUGUUGUUGGAUUUGCCUGGUCAUCGGAGAGAGGGAGAUAAUGUGAAUGGGAAGAAGCAUGAUUUGCUUUAUUGGCAGGCGAAGGAUUGGGUAGAGGGGAGAGAUUUGGAGUUGUAG